UCCCUUUUUUGUGGGGAAAAGAAAACGAAACGUCGUGUAAAUUAAAGGACACAGACUGAGACUCAGACAGAGAGAGAGAGUGACAGGAGCCGAUAGCUGACCGCGCUGUGUCGUGUUCGCUGGCAUCCGCGGGCGGUGAAUGGAGCCGCUCCGGAGCGCGGGGACCCUCCGCCUCUGCCCACAUCCCGCUCGCUCGGGUUCGGGCUUCUCUGUGCUGCGGUAGCGCGUCACAAUGGACCCUCGCGACGCUCCCCGGCGCCUCCCCUCCUGAACGAGAAAAGUUUCUUCUCCUCCUCUCUCUGGCUUGCUUCUUUUUCCUUUUCAAUCGGACGGGACGUCUGCGGUUAUAAUAAAUCAAUCGAGUCGCGGUUUUAGUUUCACCGCCACUGGUUGCAUGUGAACCUGCCUGUGUUCCUGGAAGGAGAAAAGCGGCAGCAGCAGCGGCGAAGCGGGAAGCGGACCGGGCGGAUCUCCGUGUGUGCAGCCGCCGGGGGGCACCGAGCGGAUAGCAGGCAGUCACACUCACACUGCCACGAUGUCCACCGCGGCGAGGUUCAAGAAGGAUAAAGAAAUCAUCGCCGAAUACGAGAGCCAAGUGAAAGAGAUCCGAGCCCAGCUGGUCGAACAGCAGAAAUGCCUGGAACAGCACACAGAAAUGCGAGUGCAGCUCCUUCAAGACCUGCAGGACUUCUUCCGCAAGAAAGCCGAGAUCGAGGUGGAGUACUCCCGCAAUCUGGAGAAGCUGGCCGAGCGCUUUAUGGCGAAGACCCGUAGCACCAAGGACCACCAGCAGUACAAGAAGGAUCAGAACCUUUUGUCCCCCAUCAACUGCUGGUACCUACUGCUGAAUCAGGUGCGGCGUGAGAGCAAGGACCAUGCCACAUUGAGUGACAUUUACCUGAACAAUGUCAUCAUGCGCUUCAUGCAGAUCAGUGAAGACUCCACCUGCCUCCUGAAGAAGACCAAAGACAUCACCUUUCAACUCCAAGAGGAUCUGAUGAAGGUCCUGAAUGAGCUGUACACCGUGAUGAAAACCUACCACAUGUACCACACAGAGAGUAUGAGUGCAGAAUACAAGCUGAAGGAGGCUGAGAAACAGGAGGAGAAGCAGGUGUGCCGUGGCGGGGAUCCUGUUUUCAGUAUGCGUAUGGAGGACAAGUACCAGAAACGUAGUUCCACCAAGAAGAUGGAGAAAAUGAAGGAGAAGCGGCAGGCCAAAUACUCAGAAAACAAGCUGAAAUCGAUCAAGGCACGCAACGAGUACCUCCUCACUCUAGAAGCUACGAACUCCUCCGUGUUCAAGUAUUACAUUCAUGACUUGUCUGACUUAAUUGACUGCUGUGACCUGGGCUACCAUGCCAGCCUGAAUCGAGCACUGCGAACAUAUCUGUCGGCCGAGUACAACCUGGAGACAUCGCGCCACGAGGGGCUCGACAUCAUUGAAAACGCUGUGGAUGGCCUGGACCCCCGCAGCGACCGCCAGAGGUUCAUGGAAAUGUUCCCUACAGCUUUCUGCCCUCCAGCCAAGUUUGAGUUCCAGCCCCACAUGGGAGAUGAGGUGAACCAGAUCACUGCGCAACCCCCAGUUCAGGCUGAGCUCCUGCUCAGGUUCCAGCAGCUGCAGUCACGCCUCGCCACCCUCAAGAUUGAAAAUGAGGAGAUCAAGAAGACCACGGAGGCCACGCUGACUACCAUCCAGGACAUGGUGACCAUCGAAGACUACGAUGUGUCUGAGAGCUUCCACCAUAGCCGCUCCACUGAGUCAGUCAAAUCAACUGUGUCUGAGACCUACCUCAGCAAGCCCAGCAUGGCCAAGCGCCGUGCCAACCAACAGGAGACGGAGCAGUUCUACUUCAUGAAAUUACGAGAGCUUCUGGAGGGCAGCAACCUGAUUGCCAAGCUGCAGGCGAAGCACGACUUGCUGAAGAGGACACUGGGAGAAGGUUACCGUGCAGAAUACAUGACCACCAGCCGUGGACGAAGGAAUUCGCACACCCGACAUCAGGACUCUGGACAAGCAAUUCCUCGCGUGGUAGAAAGCUGCAUCCGUUACAUCAAUCUGUAUGGGCUCCAGCACCAAGGGAUAUUCCGUGUGUCUGGCUCUCAGGUGGAGGUCAACGAUAUCAAGAACUCAUUUGAGAGAGGUAACGACCCUCUGACUGACGAGGAGAACAACCACGACAUCAACUCCGUGGCAGGGGUCCUCAAACUGUACUUCCGAGGCCUGGAGAACCCCCUCUUUCCUAAGGAAAAAUUCAACGACCUUAUUUCCAGUGUCCGAAUCGAGAAGCUGUAUGACAGAGCUCUGUACAUCCGUAAGAUCCUCCUGACUGCGCCCAGAUCUGUGCUGGUUGUCAUGCGCUACCUCUUCGCCUUCCUCAACCACCUGUCACAGUACAGUGAUGAGAACAUGAUGGAUCCAUAUAACCUGGCCAUCUGCUUUGGGCCCACUCUGAUGCCCACACCAGACAGCCAAGACCAGGUGUCCUGCCAGGCACAUGUCAACGAGGUCAUCAAGACCAUCAUCAUCCAUCACGAGACUAUCUUCCCUGAUGCCAAAGAGCUGGAAGGGCCAGUGUAUGAGAAGUGCAUGGCGGGAGGCGACUACUGUGACAGCCCCUACAGCGAGCAUGGUGCCCUGGAGGAGGCGGACCUGGACGGCGGAACUGAGCCACACACCAGCGAGGAUGAAUGCGAGCCCAUUGAAGCCAUUGCCAAGUUCGACUACGUGGGCCGCUCCACCCGUGAACUUUCCUUCAAGAAAGGUGCCUCCCUGCUCCUGUACCAGCGGGCAUCAGAUGACUGGUGGGAGGGCAGGCACAAUGGCAUUGACGGACUGGUGCCGCACCAAUACAUCGUGGUGCAGGACAUGGACGACUCGUUCUCAGACACCCUGAGCCAGAAGGCUGACAGCGAGACCAGCAGCGGGCAUGCCGUAGAGGACAAGUGCUCUGGCAAGGAUAUUGGAUCCCCUGUAGAAAGAGUGCAGGAGGCCUAUGUGAGCAGCAGACACCGGAAAAGGUCAGACCCCCCUUCACGCCGGCCCCCCGCUCGACCCAGCGAUGUGCAUUGUGCGGUGCACCCCUCGCCGCAGGGCCAUGGCAGUGGACCCAUCAGCGAGGGCCACUACAGCCCAAGGGACCUUCUGAGGGGGCGUGGCCAUGCAGCUCAGGACAGUCCUGAGCAGCGGCGUCGGCGAGCAGGACACAGCAGCCGACAAGAGUCGCUAAAAAAGAUGGAGAGCCCACCGAUCCCCCGGUCUGCCUCGUCUGGCCAGUACGGAGGCUUUUCCCAGCACCACGGCAAGCCACUUGACCCCGAGACCAUCGCGCAGGACAUCGAGGAGACCAUGAACACUGCCCUGAAUGAACUGCGGGAGCUGGAAAGGCAGAGUUCAGCCAAACCAGCACCGGACGUGGUUCUGGAUGCGCUGGAGCAGGCCAAGAGCGGACCGGUUCCCCCUGGCAUCACCGACUCGCUGGGCUCACUACAUGGCCUGCGACUCCGCUCAGGGGAGCCGCCCGUGCGCCGCAGCCCCUCCUCCUCUGGUGACACCAUGAGUACAUUCAAGCCCACUGUGGCACCACGUAUGGGAGUGCAGCUGCGACCCCCUGCUCUCCGGCCAAAGCCCCCGGUGAUGCCCAAGUCUGGUUCUGGACAGUCAGCGGCGCCGGCCCCCCAGGGAUCGCUAGACAAAUCGUGCACAAUGUGAGCGCAACAGGAUAGGGCUGAGACCGUGAAGAAUGAUAGCUGAUAACUUACACGUUGGAGUACCAGUACGGGGCAAGGUGAGCCUGUAGUAACCACAGAAGGCGUGGCAAUCCAUCUCUUUACACUUGAAACAGGAAAAUACUGAAAAAUGUAUAAGAUGGCUUUUACCAGUAGACUUGUAUUAGAUUUUGCAAGAUGAUUGUGUUUGAUUGUCUUCAGGUUAGAGGUCUCUGGUUGUUGUAACAUUUAUUAAAAAUUAUUUACAGAACUGGAUCAUUACACCAAAAGUAGUUGCUGUAGUUUUAAGUCUGAAUAACGAAAGCAUUGAUAUUGCCAAUAAGAUGUUAUAAAGCAUCCCUAUGUUGUAAGGAUCGUUAAUAUUGGUUUUAUAACACAAAGAUGUCAAAAUCACAUAGGCUUUGUGACUGAAGUGACUUCAAAGGCCAAGUUUAUGGCAAGGAACCUACAGUAAUGUAAAAAGCAUCUUAAAGAGGAAGGAUGCAGUCAGUAUUUCCUGAAUGCAGGCCAUGUUGGACCAGAAUCUCUCCUCCCCCCCCCACCCCCCCACCGGUAAUACAGAUCUGGGAGGCCUUUGGCCAUAGUGCCACAUGGGAAUCCAUGCUUGUCUGUGCCACAGAGGACAGAAACAAAACUGCUGUCCAACAAAGAGCUGCUGUAUGUUAGCUUUCAGGAGUCGUUCAACAGCAAACGCAGCUUUAACAGUCCGAGCCCACUGGUCAACGGCUGUCCACGCAGCGUGGAGGAAGUGCAGUUGCUUUGCUUUCCUUGGCAUAUAGAGAGCAUUUGGCCAAACUGCUGCGUGUGUGUACGCGCACACACGUGUAAAAUUCCGUCUUUACCAACAGUACAUUGUGAUUGCUUAUCUUCUCUAGGGUUAAGGAAAAGGACCAUUCUUCGCUGUUACCUGUCAAAAUCACUACCUUUGUACUCAAGCUGUAUGAUUCCCUGCAAUAUUUAACAUGGCUUUAAUGUAAAUAUUAGUGGAUAUAUUAGUAGUACUGCUUUAGUAACCACAGCAGCCCACCAGUAUUUUUUCACCAUCCAAAAGUUUGAAUAUACAGGUCAAUUUUUAAUAGGUGGCUCUUUGUGUUAACCCCUGCACUAUGGGAGAUUGACCACACUGGUGACUCUGCUGGAUGUUACUCAAGAGCCCAGUCUGUCACCGUCAGUGGCACUGAGAGGAGCCCUGUGCUGGCAUCUGUGAACCUGUAUAACAUCUGCUUCAUCGCAGUGCAACACACAGCUCUUGAUUUCAACCCUGAGCACCAGACUUGAGCAGAGACCAGAACUGAUGCAGUGUGGAUGUCCUCCCAGAGUCCUCAGAAGCACUGGUUCUGAGGAGGUGUCCAUCACUUCUUUUAAGGGCACUUUAACAGUGAUGGAAGAGGUAACCGUGGACGUUGUCACCAGUUGUCCGAUCAUCACGUGCUCACCUUGACUAGUCUGUCUACUGCUAGAUCCAUUCAUCUAGUUGUCUCCCUGCCAAAUACAGCUCCAUGUUCUUCUCAGUGGACAGGGGAACAAGCGACCUCUUCUGAAUGAUGCGUGCGUACAGAGCACGUGUAGGCCAGGGCUGCUCACGUUGUGGGUGGGGAAUGCUAAGAACUGCCCUGCGGGAUACAGCCAGGGUCCUGUCUGGAUGCAACCAUGGAGACAUGGGGGUGUAGAAGAGAAUGGCAACGGAGCACACGAGGACUCUUAGCAAAGAACCACUUUUCCUCAGAACUGAGCCAAACAAUGAGCAAUGGACUUCAAUUUUGUAAUCCUCUUUGUAUUAGUUUACAACUGACCUUCAUGUACAUUUCCUUUUCUCCAGGUUUUUUUUUUUUUUUUUAAUAAUUUUGAUUUAUUGAAGUCCCCCCCCUGGUGAAAGCAAAAAUGAAGGGGUGGAUGACCAGGCUCUGUGACCUACAUGUGGUUCAUCCUGGUCAUGUGAGCUGGUUGCAUCUCAGGCUCAGUUACAGUAGUGUUCACAUGUUAACACAGAUGUACACUGAAAAGUGCCUUUAAAUCUGCUUUAGAGGGACUUCAGACUCUUUACUGUUUCUAUGUGGUAACUUUAUGUUAUGAGCAAGUACAGCAAGAUGAACUGAAUAAUGCAUUUCUGGAAAUGUUAAAUAAAUGAUUCAGUAGUAAACCAUAUAUCUGGCAUGUUAUUUUUUAAGGUUUCCAGUAUGCUAAGUACUGUUCUCAAGAGUACAAGGUUUUUUUUGUGCUUCAUUGUGGAUUUAGCUUAAAGAAUUUUAAACAUUUCAGUUGGCUCUCAUGAAAGACCUCCCUUAAGUUACCAGCUUAUGUGUCCUUAAAGCUGAAAGCAAGUACAAGCAGCCCAGGUUACAAGCAUCUGACUUAUAUAC